ACCCUCUCUCUUCUCCAUCACUCACCCUUAUCAUCACUCCCCCCAAAAAAAGAUCAUUUGUUUUCUACGUACGACUCCAAAAGCUUAGCAUUCGAGGUUGAUACACCGCGAAUAUCAUGAUGAUGACAGCGAACGAGAACCGAAUGGCUGCCUCUCUCGAUCCAUUCUUCGACUUCGAGGACUACUUCCCCUCGAUGAUCGUCCGUCUAGGAGCCGAGGGCUUCAUCGGUGAGCUGUGCCACGGGUUCCAGCUUCUGAUGGAUGGGGAGAAGGGAGUGAUCACGUUCGAGAGCCUAAAGAGGAACAGCCUUGUGCUAGGGUUAGAGGACAUGCGGGACGACGAGAUUGUGUGCAUGCUGAGGGAGGGAGACUUGGAUGGGGAUGGGACGCUUAAUCAGAUGGAGUUUUGCAUCCUCAUGUUCAGACUCAGCCCAGGGCUAAUGGACGGGACCAAGCAGCUCGUCGACGGCUCAGGGAGAUCAUCAUGUGUAAACGUAAUUUAAUUAAUUAAUUGCCAUGUAGCCUAUUGCUACAUAUCUUUAUAUAUGCCUUUCUUAACUUCUACACCCUUGCUAUUGAACUAAUAAGUAGUUCCAAAAGUUCACUUCUGCCAACAUAAAUAAAUAAUUUGAAUUAUAUAUGCGAAGCUGGUUCAAUUUCUCUUAUAAUAAGAAGCAUAUAAAUUAAUUACAAAUUUGAAGUAGCCAUCUUGGCUCUUAAACUCUA